AUGGCAGAAAAUUUGACAACCUCUUCUCCUCCUACUGCUGAUGUGGCAAAUCUCAAUUGGUGUUUUGAUUUAGGCGCUACUCACCACAUGACAGCCAACGCUACCUCUCUCCCCAAUGCUCAUCCUUACACAGGUACAGAUAAAAUUAUUGUUGGGAAUGGCAAUCAGUUAGCAAUAACACAUAUUGGCAAUACAAAGUUAACUGGGUUGCAAAAAUCAUUAAACCUUAAUGAAGUCUUGUGUGUGCCUACGAUCCGCAAAAACUUGAUUUCUAUUCAUCGUUUCUGCUGUGAUAAUGAUUGUUUCUUUGAGUUAGAUGCUAAUGGGUUUCAUGUGAAGGACAACAAGACGGGGACGGUACUCCUUACUGGCAGUAGUUCUGAUGGCCUCUAUCAUAUUCAAACAGCCCCUCAUAUUGCUUGUCAAAUUGCUUGUUAUGGAAAGCGUACAACACAGGACGUGUGGCAUGCCCGACUUGGACACCCAUCUCAUUCAGUUUUUACUACAUUGUUGAAUAAGUACCACUUACCACUUGAUGGUACAAUUGUCUCCAAUAAAAAUUGUCAUGUAUGCCCAUUGGGAAAAUCUUGUCGAUUGCCUUUUAAAUAUAGACAAUCUCAUGCUCAAUUUCCAUUAGCUCUAUUACAUCUUGACUUAUGGGGCCCUGCACCAAUCUCCUCAAAUUUUGGUUACCGCUAUUAUUUAUCCAUUGUCGAUGAUAAUACUCGGUUCACUUAG